CGCCUGUUCUGGCACCGGAGAGACCUCUCUAGUCCGGAUCAGGGGGUGCACCCCUCCUCGGAGCAAGGGAGGCCUGCGCCUAAUGGGUUUGAAGAAAGACGGGUUUAAAGAAAAGGGACAAGGAGCGGGGCAAGUGCUGAGAGAGGCAAAAAGUGGGUUGCUUAGAUCCAAAGGGAUAAAGAAGGCAGUUUAACCCCUCCUCUUAUGUCUGCCUGCAGACAGGCUACAGGAAAAUCAUGUGGGUGAAAUGUUGGGAAUGAUUUUGAUCAGGUUUCUCGUAGAGCUGGUAGAAGGUAACUGCUUCUUCCUUUCCCCUCUGCAAAGCCAGUCAGCAAGGAGCAGAUUGUCAGAGAUGUGGGCAGGGGAUUUAGGCAGGCAGCCCCUUGAAAGUUCAGGGGAGCUGGGCACCCAAGUCUCCUUUUGAAAGUGUCUUCAAGAAGUUUCUUGGACCUGUACUCUUCAAUGUCAUCAUCAGUGACUUGCACGUGGGUGUGAAAUGUACUCUUGUAGCGGGUAGGUCAGGGAAAACACAUAGCACUUAGGUCAUAACAUAAAUUGUAUAAGGUUAAACAUAUAAUGAAUUCUGCAAAUGUGGUCUAUGUGACAAACAAAGAAGCAGCAGGUGGCAUGAAGAUAAUGGAAGGCUGUGGUUUAACCGAAGAAAAGGUUGUUUUGAAGGCUGACUGUCUCAAUUAUAUCUGUACAACAUCCUUGAUAAAGAGGAACCAGCUCCAAACCACCUUCAACUGGUGAGAUAAGGGGUUACAUGCUGACCAAGCAGCGCAUGCCUGAAGAAAAAGCGUUCAGAAAUCUUGCCCAGCAACAUGAACUGUAUAAAAGGGGGCAGGAGAGAGGAUGACAGGGGAACUUGCUUCACCACCGAAGCCCACCUCACUCCAUCAACCGAUAGACAGUAGAGAAGAAUGCUGAUCCUGAGCAAAUGCUAUUAUCUUACCUAAGAAAGAGAUUCCGUCUCACAGGAACUAAGUACAGCUGUGGUGGAGGGGGCUGUGGUGCCUGCACUGUGAUGAUAUCAACAUAUGAACCACUUUCCAAGAAGAUUUUACAUUUUUCUGCCAAUGCCUGCUUAUUACCCAUAUGUUCUCUGCACGGUGCUGCAGUCACCACUGUAGAAGGUGUUGGAAGCCCAAAAACCAGGAUUCAUCCAGUUCAGGAAAGGCUGGCCAAGUGCCAUGGUUCUCAGUGUGGCUUCUGCACCCCUGGAAUGGUGAUGUCCAUGUAUGCUUUGCUCAGAAACCACCUGGAGCCCUCCAUGGAGCAGAUAACUGCAGCUCUGGCUGGUAACUUGUGCCGCUGUACUGGAUAUAGGCCAAUCUUAGAUGGCUGUAAAACUUUCUGUAAGGAAUCAUUUUGUUGUCAAAGGAAAGAAAAUGGGAACUGUUGCUCAGAGGAAAAAGACAGUUCAGCUUUGUUUUGUGACAAUGGAAGAAAGAUCUGCACCAAAUUAUUUUCAGCAGAUGAUUUUCAGCCCUUGGACCCCACCCAAGAAUUCAUAUUUCCCCCAGAGCUAAUGAGAAUGGCUGAAAGUCUGCCAAAAAGAACUCUGGUUUUCCAUGGGGAAAGAACUACCUGGAUUUCUCCUACUAGCCUUGAUGAGCUUCUGGAGCUGAAAGCCAAGUACCCAAAAGCACCUCUGGUUGUUGGUAACACUAGUGUAGGCCCUGAGGUGAAAUAUGAAGGAGUUUUCCAUCCAGUUAUCAUUUCUCCAGUAAGGAUCUUGGAUUUGAAUGUGGUGACAUACAUGGAUGAUGGACUAACCCUAGGAGCUGCUUGUAGCCUUGCUCUAGUGAAAGACACCUUGACAAAUGCAGUCUCAGACUUGGCUCAGGAAAAGGCAAAGAUCUUCCAGGCUCUCUCGUAUCAGUUAAAAUCUCUGGGAGGACCGCAGAUCAGGAAUGUUGCUUCUUUAGGUGGAAACAUUAUAAGCAGAAAGUCAACAUCUGACUUGAAUCCCGUUCUAGCAGCUGGCAACUGUAUCCUCAAUCUGGCAUCAAGAGAUGAAAGACGGCAGAUCCCUGUAAGUGACAUCUUUGCAGGUGGAGUUAGUAACAAUGCCCUUAAACCAGAAGAGGUCUUAGUCUCAGUCUAUAUCCCUCAUUCCAGGAGGGGGCAGUUUGUAUCUGCAUUCCGACAAGCUCAGCGCCGAGAAAACUGUCUCCCAAUUGUUAAUGCUGGGAUGAGAGUACUUUUUGCAGAAGGCACAGACUUAAUUCUGGAUUUCAGCAUUUUCUAUGGAGGCAUUGGAUCUACCACAGUUUGUGCAAAACAAACCUGCCAAGCACUCAUUGGGAGGCAUUGGAAUGAGCAGAUGCUGGAUGAAGCUUGCAGAAUGGUUCUUAAAGAAGUUUCUCUCCCAGGCUCAGCCCCAGGUGGAAAGGUGGAAUAUAGAAGAACUUUGAUUGUCAGUUUCCUCUUCAAAUUCUACCUGGAAGUGUUGCAGUCAUUGAAGAGGAUGGACCUGCAUCAAUGGCCUGAGAUACCGGAGAAAUAUGGGAGUGUCCUGCAAGAGUUCUCAACCAAAAUGCCCCAAAGUGUACAAAUGUACCAGGGUGUGGACUCUGGGCAGGUUCCCCAAGAUCUAGUGGGACGACCCAUCAUGCACCAGGCUGGCUUUGAACAUGCCACUGGCGAAGCUGUUUAUUGUGAUGACAUGCGUGUGGUGGAUGAAGAGCUCUUUUUGGCUGUGGUCACUAGUUCCAAAGCACAUGCAAAGAUUGUAUCAAUUAACACAUUGGAGGCCCGUGUGGUACCAGGGGUGUUUGAUGUCAUAACAGCUCAUGAUGUCCCAGCUACAAAUGAAUUCUACUAUGCCAGUGAUCCAGAGAUUAUAUUUGCAAAAGAGAAGGUGAUUUGUGUGGGUCAGAUAGUUUGCGCUGUGGUUGCAGAUUCUGAUGUUCAUGCCAAACAAGCAGCUGCAAAAGUGAAGAUAGAGUAUGAAGCCCUGGAGCCAGUGAUCCUGACAGUUGAGGAUGCCAUUCAGCACAAUUCAUUCUUUGAGCCAAAAAGAAAGCUAGAACAUGGGAAUGUUGAUGAAGCAUUUAAAACUGUUGAUCAAAUACUUGAAGAGGAACUCCACAUUGGGGGACAGGAACAUUUUUAUAUGGAGACUCAAAGCGUGCUUGUCGUUCCAAAAGGAGAAGCUAAAGAAAUGGAUGUGUAUGUGUCCUCACAGCAUCCAGCACUCAUCCAGGAAAUGGUGGCCUCAUGUUUAGGUGUUCCAGCAAAUAGGAUCAUGUGUCAUGUAAAACGAGUUGGCGGAGCUUUUGGUGGGAAGUUACUCAAAACUGGUCUGUUGGCAUCAGUUGCUGCAGUGGCAGCAAACAAAACUGGUCGGGCAGUCCGUCUUAUCCUGAGCCGGGGUGAGGAUAUGUUAAUCACUGGGGGCCGGCAUCCUCUUGUUGCCAAAUACAAAGUUGGCUUCAUGAAUAAUGGUGGGAUCCUGGCUUUGGAUGUCAAAUAUUACAUUAAUGGAGGAUGCUCCCCUGAUGAGUCGGUUCUGGUAACAGAGCUAGCCUUGCUAAGAAUGGAUAAUGCCUACAAGAUUCCCAACCUGCGAUGCUGGGGCUGCGCUUGCAAGACAAACUUGCCAUCAAACACAGCUUUCCGUGGAUUUGGCUUCCCCCAGUCAGCUCUGGUUACAGAAUCCUGGGUAACAAGUGUUGCAGAGAAAACUGGUUUGUCACCAGAAAAGGUAAGGGAGAUAAACAUGUAUAAAGAAACUGAACAAACACCUUACAAACAAAAGUUGGAUCCCCAGAACCUGAUAAGGUGUUGGAAUGAAUGUAUGGUGAAGUCUGCAUACUACAGCAGACUAAAAGCUGUGGAAGAAUUUAACAGACAAAAUUACUGGAAGAAGAAAGGAAUUGCCAUAAUUCCCAUGAAGUAUCCAUUUGGACUUGGCUCACGUUAUCUUAGUCAGGCUGCUGCUCUGGUUCAUAUCUACACUGAUGGGUCAGUGCUUCUGACUCAUGGUGGAAUUGAAAUGGGACAAGGCAUCCAUAUCAAAAUGAUCCAGGUUGCCAGCCGGGAGCUAAAUAUCCCCAUGUCAAGUAUUCACGUCUGUGAAACAAACACAACAACAAUUCCUAAUGCAUGUGCUUCAGUAGGAUCUGCUGGAACUGAUGUCAAUGGAAUGGCAGUGAAGAGCGCUUGUCAGACCCUCGUGAAACGCCUGCAGCCCAUUAUAAGCAAGAAUCCAAAAGGCACCUGGAAUGACUGGGUUAAAGAAGCUUUUAAGCAAAGCAUUAGUCUUUCAGCCACUGGGUACUUCAGAGGCUAUGAUGGAAAUAUGAACUGGGAGAAGGGAGAAGGACACCCAUUUACAUAUUUUGUUUAUGGAGCUGCUUGCUCAGAGGUUGCAAUUGACUGUCUCACAGGAGAUCACAAGAACCUCAGAACUGACAUUGUUAUGGACAUUGGAUGCAGCAUAAAUCCAGCAGUGGAUAUAGGGCAGAUUGAAGGAGCCUUUGUUCAGGGCAUUGGACUUUAUACACUGGAGGAAUUAAACUAUUCUCCCAAAGGAGUCCUUCACACUCGGGGACCAGAUCAUUAUAAAAUCCCGGCAGUCUGUGACAUCCCAGAACAGUUCAGUGUUUCCCUGCUGUCACCUUCACAAAAUCCCCAUGCAAUCUAUGCAUCCAAGGGUGUAGGUGAGGCAGGGUUGUUCCUGGGAUGCUCUGUAUUCUUCGCUCUAAGGGAUGCAGUGGCCACUGCACGAAAGGAGAGAGGAUUACCAGGGGCCUUCACGCUGAACAGCCCCCUGACGCCUGAGCGGAUUCGAAUGGCCUGUGCUGAUGACUUUACCCAGAUGGUAAUGGGGCUUUACUUUUUGAGAGUUUCUGUUAAGCUGCUGCCUGUUCCUUUUGGCAUCUUGGGCCCAUAGUUUUUAUAGUUCACCAGGACAUAAUUGAAGUGCAAUAAAAACAUUCUGCUUGUUUUUUUAAUGAUUCUUAAAUUUAAAUUUUUAAAUAAUUUAAAAUGCCUAUCAGCAGGUCUAGCCCAUGCAAGCCAUUCCAGCCUGUGGCAUUAAGGAUUUUCAUUUUAAUUAUUCAGAUUACACAUCAGUUCAUGACCUGUCCUGUGCUGCCCCUCGUACAACCUGCUCCCACUCGUUUCUUCCCACACACCUGUGUUUUAUGCCUUCUGCACCUACACUAGCCUCUCUUUUUCUGUACACCGAGGACUUACUCCAGCACCAGUGAGGUUGCUGUGUACACCUGAGCAGCUAUUGAAACAUGGGUGGACCAAAUUGUCUGUAUUUUGUGUGAACUAGAAAACCUGAGAUCCCACUCACAGAGUUUUUGCCUUGUAUUUGUAGGCUUGCGUGGGGUAUAGAAAUGGUGGUGAGUCAGCCCCCGUACCUGCAGCUCUGUGAAAUUCAACUUGCAUCUUGGAGCUUGGGCAGGGGGUAGGGGCAUUAGUGCAGGAACCAUGUUCCUUGACACGAUAUAUUGGACCCCCUCCCUGCUGCCCCCUUCAUCCCUAUCAUCUACCUGCUUAUCAGCACAGCACUGAUAGGUUUGCAAACCUCCUGUAGACCACCCUGACCAGUAAAAUACAUAGAGGCAUUUGAUGCCUAAUCCAUGUAAAUUCAGCAGGGGCUAACUAUGAGAGGUGCAAUGAUAUGUUGAAGGUACUGGUUAGAAAUGGUUGUAACAAGCUCUUUCUAACUGCACGUCAUUAACAGAAUCACUUAUAUGACUUCUUGUUCAUUUUGUUAGACUGCGAAAGAUCAGCCUGAUUCCUUCAGUCCUUGGGCCAUCUCCAUAUGAAGACAAUUCAAAUCUCAUGCCGAGCUUGAAUGAAAUAUGAUGAUAGUUUUUUGAUCAGAUGUAGUCCUCUACCUUAGUAAUCAACACAUGUUUUAACUAAAAAUGCAUAGUGCUGUAUCCAAAUAAGAAGCUGGCCAUCCCCUCCGCUUUAAUGCAUUCUUCCUCCUGAUGGUUCUUAAUGCGUUUAGCUGUACUGCUGCAUACUGCAUGACUACAGUUUAUUCCUAGAAACACACGUAAGUAGUCAAAAGAGGUUUACUCGAUAAUCACUACUCAUCUUUACCCGGGGAGAUCUGCUGAAACGUACCUGCAGGAGAGAAGGGGUGUGUUAAUGUAGUAUUGGAUAUUAAUUUAAUUUUACUCACCUAAUGCAACAUUUGAAAGCUUCAAAUAAGUGCUAAUUUACACUUUUACCUUGCAAUGAAAGAUCUGCAUAGACCCUGAUAUCCAUGGGGGCCCACUACAGGAUUCUUCUGAUCACAAACUUGAGACAAAAAGAUGUAGUUUCUUGCAGAAAAACUGCUGUGGAUACUGUUGAUACUAACCCUUGGGUACUUGAAAGUCAAAGGAUGUAACUGCCUUUUGUUUCACCCAUGCAGAUCCACUUCAGUCACUAGGGCUGAUUUACAGGAAUGAGAAAAAAAAUUGGCCUAAAAAGUCUCUAGGAUGACUAUGCUCUUAUUUCUCUUGGAGACUUUUAUGUUCUUGUGUUAUUUCCCAAAGUCUUCUUGGCCCAGUGUAAAAACUUAAUUGAUUUCAUUGAGCUUUGGGUCAGGUCCUUGAUGAGGUGGUCUCCGAAAGUGGUACUGAAGAGUGCCAUUGCAUACUAUACCUAGGAGUAUAUUGGAUAUUUGGUGAUUCGAAUCACUGUCCUGAAUUGAUUCGGCUGAAUCUGAUUCAGAGAUUCAGCGGCUGCCAAAUCUCUGAAUCGCCUAGGCUCAUCCCCCACCCACCCUCCCAGCCCAGCAAUGGCUGUCCUGCCUGCCUCAGCUCCCGGCACUUUGAUAAAAAAAAAACCUUGAUUCACCAAGUGCUGCUGGGCAGGGGGCGAUUCCCCGCUGCCCCAUGCUGCAUUGGGGGGCUCUGCCAUGAGCCUCCCAACCCCCCACGCUGACCCACCCACCCCAGCUCCAGCCCUUUAAGAAACCCCCACCCCCCAAAAAACUCUGGACUCACCCAUUCCUGCCCGGCGGGGGGUGAUCCCCACUGCUCCCUGCUGCCCCGCACCAUGCGGGGGGGUCUUCCACAAGCCCCCCCCGAAGCCCCAAGGCCACUGCAGGACCUGGUGAGUCCUGGGGGGGGGGGGGGGUCAGGUUUUUUUUUCUUAAUGGGAUGGAUCUGGGGAGGCGGAGCAGCCAUGGUGGGGCCUGGGGGAGCAGGCAGGGGUCAGGGGGCUUGUUGCAGAGCAAUUGGGGGCUUUUUUUUAAAGCACUGGAAGCUAGAGUGGGAGAGACAGCCAUGUGAGGGCUGGGGGAGCAGGCGGGGGUCAGGGAGGGCUGGGGGAGCAGGCAGGGGCUGGGACUGGCAGGGGUCCCCCCAUGGUCCUGCCCCCCCUCCCCCGCCCCUUACUUACCAGCUCCAAGUCUGGCUCCAGCUCCGUGCUGCAGCAAGCGGGGACUGUCUGAAUCACCAAAGCUCUCUGAAUCUUUUCCAAAGAUUCAGAUAGCUUCAUAUUGAUUCAGACCUUUUUAUUGGUCCCCUGAUUUGAUUUGGAUUUGGAGAUUCGGCCACUAAACCUCUCCCAAAUCAAAUCAGCACACAAAGCUUCGCAUAGCCCUAUUAGAUACAUGUAAGUGGGUUACUUAGUCUGUUGGCUCCUGCAGGCUGGCUUUGCUUCCUGAGGAGCUCUGCAGCAAGUACUCCCAAAUAAAAGCACAGUCUUUGAACAGAAGACAAACAAAUCAACAAACAAGACCCCUCAGCCCUUUCCCAGGCACAAGGAGGGGACUUUGGCUCUAGCCCCACCAGAGCUAGGGCCCUCCCUAGUAGCAAGCUUGUUCAGCUCACGGCUUGUCUCCUGCUUGAAAACUGCUCUUUCAGACAGUUUUCUCUCUUCCUUGGGUUUUUAAGCUCCCUCAUUAGCUAAAUGUUCUAUAGUCGGGGUUCCUCAACAGGGCUACCUGACCCUUCUAAAAGGGCCAGAAGAGAAGUGGUUUUUAGUCUUUAAUUGCAGGUAUAUCUUUUUCUAACAAGCAGAUUCACAUAAUAGUAGAGCACAAGGAUUAGCAUUUUGGUUUUCUAAUACUGCAUAGGAUACAGUAGGGGUAAAACAAUGCCCAAAUCUAAAAACAGUUUGAAGAGUUUAAAAGAGAAAAAAGUAUUACUGUGCCUUGAUGCAUCAGAGGCUAAUUAAGAUAAAUUUUCAUUAUGCCUGAGAUGUAAGAAAAGACCAGCAAACAAUCCAGCCUGUAACAAAGUUCAUUUAUAUUUAGUAUUGAGAGGACCCAAAUGACAAAAUCCCCUCCAGAUUUUUACCCCAAUCUCAAAGUUGAAUGCAUUGGCUUCACCUCUCCUAAGACUGUGAAACUGAGAUUCCAAUUCUGAACACUCCUGAAGCAUGUUGGAAUUAAAGUUUUGGCGUCUUUUUUGGGAUUUACCCCUAACAUAUAGUUUACUGUAUUUUGCAGGUGAAUCAUAGUUGUCUUGAUAUUUUUUGGCAAUUAUUUGGGCAGCAAUGAAAGCAAGCAACAGGGUAAUUUUUAAAGUUUGGUAUGUGGCUUCAGUGCCCCAGUAUGCUAAUGACUUCUCAGCCAAGGGGCAAUGAUAACAGGAGACUACCUCCAACUACUCUGUGAAUUUGCUGCACACUGUUCUGUCCUAACCUUUCAACGAGUCAAAUUGCCCUGAACUACCAUUUGUAGUUAAAGUAAAUGACUCGGGGUGGUUUGUUCACACACCUAUUGCAUUAUUGUUUCUUCUCUAGUUGUCCCCAAACCAAUUGUCAGAUACUAUAUCUGUGACUAAAGCAUGGCUAUAAGCCAAUCAUUUCUGCACUUGCAAUUAAAAUAAGAUUUCUCUAUUUUUGUUUUUUGCAUGCAUGCAUUACUGUUUCUCUACAUUGUAUGCAUGGUUUCUGUAUACAUUCUGGAUGGGCAUCUUACUUCCUUUACUGCACGGUGGUAUUAUUUCUUCACUUCCAUAUAUCAUAAGGAAUUUAGUUAAUCACAUUAUCCAUGAAUGUAUUUUCCCACAUUCAUCUUCUGUCUGCUUUGGUCUUAGUUCAUUCCACAGGCUUUGCAGGGAGAAACCCACCAAUGAUCUUCAUUCCAGGAAGUACAUGAAGGUACCUGACAAAUCCCAGGAAGUAGUGGAGACGGGAAGGGGUGUGGUGAAAGCAGGUGAUAGAAACUCUGUGUUUAUGUCUCCUGAGUAGCCUCAUCUUAGCAGGACUGCUGUGGAGAUCCUGGGCAGUUUAAAUCUUGAGUUGUUCUAGCACAAUCCAUCUGGGAAGAAAUUAGGAUACCUCUGUUUGGCCUGUCUGGGCAUGGAGUCUCCACUGGAACUGAUGUCACUGCCAGUGCCAGUGCAGGGAUAAACUGUUUGUACCUGCCAAGGUGUUGGGGUAUCAAACUGUAUUAUCCUUCAUCAAUUAUAGGAUCAGCUUGUCUGGUUUUUAGUAUUUGUCAUUCUUAAUAAAGGUUAUGUCCUGUUUUAUUACAAAUGUA